AUAUUGAUAAUAUAUGUCUGGUAUCUAACAGCCUCAAGAUGACAUAUGGAAGCCAGACAUUUCCCUGAAAAAUUCCUUUGCUUCUUUUACUGGCCUGGGAUCAUCAUACCUUAAUGUAAAAGUGCGAAAUACAGGGGAAGUAUAUUGGUAUCCGUAUCAGGUGCUCGAGUCAACAUGUGAAGUAGAAAUUCGGAAUUUUCCAUUCGACGUCCAAACGUGUAAUUUGAAGUUUACUGCAUGGAGUUAUACAAAGACAGAUGUUGACAUUAAUCGAGGUGGGGAAAACAUCAUUUUGUCCGAUUACGUGCCAAAUAGUAUGUGGGACAUUCAGUCCACAGCCGCCAGGGAAGUAAACACAGACGAAUCAGCUAUUGUGUUUGAGAUCAAAUUAAAACGGAAGCCUGGAUUUUACAUUAUCAACGUAAUCGUCCCAGUCGUUCUCUUGUCCAUUCUAAACACGUUUUCGUUCGUACUACCAAUCACGUCGGGUGAGCGUGCCAGCUACUCCGUUACGCUUUUCCUCUCACUGGCCGUGUUUCUAACCAUCGUCGCCGCGUCAUUGCCCAAGAAUUCCGAUAGCGUCUCCUUGCUGUCCGUUUACUUGAUUCUUAUGACGGUUGCAAGCACGUUAAUUGUGGUUCUCUGUCUUGUGGAAGCGCGAUUUGCUGCUCGGAGUACGACAGAACACCAUAUCGACAAAGGCUUCCUAUUUGUCCAUAAGAUUGCCAAAGUACUAAGAUGCAAGACAUGCAAAAGAAUACAAUCGGUGUUGCCUCAUGAUAACACGGAAGAAAACAAAUCUGAAGCAAUCGUGUUUGAAGAAGUCAACUGGAUUGAUAUCGUGGCUUCAAUGGAUGUUCUGCUGUUUAUAUUCUUUAUGACAUUGACUAUAUUGGGUGCGUUUGUUAUUUUUGCAAAAGCCGCAGGUCACUGAGCACAAAAGUCAUGUAGUCUGGAUUUUAUUUGAAUAUCCUUUUAAAGGCCCUUUGACAUGAAUGUAAAUCGUCCCCUGUUUAGUAAUUUUCAUUUAUCUCGAAUAGAAAUGUUAUAUUAUACUUUACUCAUUGUAAUACACGCAUGUAAUAUAUGUACACGAAGAUGAUUUUGUGAACUAUUUUAAACAACAAACUUCAAUGUAGCAAACAAUAAUGCUUACGCUUUAAAUUAUUUGCAUAAUAGUAAUUCCUUUCUUACAUUUGUGUAGUAAAGCUAGAGUCAUUUUCUAUUUUACUAUGCUCAUUUCUUUUUUUGCCAUUGCCUUUCAUUAAAUAGAUACUGUAAGAUGUGUUGCAUUAUAUUAAUUUAACUGAAUUUCUCAUUUUUAAUGUAUACGUGUAUAGUUUUGUUGUGUUCUAUUUUGUACUUUACAUGCAUCUGUUUGCAAAACUGUAUACACAUGUUUUAGAAACACAAUCUUGAAACAAAUAUAUGUUCUCGGGCUUUUGUUGAAAUCUGUUUGCUAAAAACGCGCGAAAGAAAAACAUAACAAAAUCGUUUCAUAUAUCUUGCAUCAAGUUAUACGGAUCAACUGGUUGAUUGACUACCGUAAGAUAAGCAAUGUGUUGUAACAUGCAUUGUGUUGAAUGCAUAUAAAAAUUGCAAACAAUAAAAAAACGAGCGAGGUUCAAUACUUUUGAAUCCUGAAAUUGAACUCGUUUUGCGUUUGAAGUUUAUGGACUAAUGUAUGUGUACGUUUGCUUUUGUGUAACGCAUCUGUUAAC